AUGGAAGAAGGCGGAGCCGUUCGACAACGCCAUACCAAUGCCACUGCAGAGGCCGACGCCACGCUUGAGCGAAUGGGUAUCAAAUCCGACCUGCACCGAAACUCCUUUUCUAGCCUCUCGAUGCUUGGAAUGGCAUUUGCCAUUGUCAAUUCGUGGUGUGCCAUUGGUACCACAGUGAACGCUUCUUUGCCCUCUGGUGGGCCCAGCAGCGCCGUUUGGGGCAUCGCCGUCGCAGGUAUUUUCAAUCUAUGCUGUGCUGUCUCGCUUGCAGAGUUCCUGUCGGCCUAUCCCACUGCAGGUGGCCAGUAUCACUGGGCGGCUGUUGCCAGCUGGAAAUCGACCAGACGCGCAGUCAGUUACAUCACCGGCUGGAUCAACCUCGCUGCGUGGGUCUGUCUAACAGCGGCGAACUGCUUGCUUGUGAGCGGAAUUAUCAUGAGUUAUGCUGAGCUCGUCAGCCCUGCCUUUCAGCCGGAGCCAUGGCAGCGAUUCCUUCUGUAUGUCGCCAUCGGUGCCAUUGCAUUUACCUAUAACCUGCUCGCCAACCGAUUUCUAGCCCACCUGAACAGGUACAACAUGUUCUUCACUUUUACGGGCUUCAUAAUUAGCCUGGUUGUUAUCCUAGCAUGUACCGCCCCAAAUUUCCAGAGCGCCAAAUUCGUUUUUGGUGGUUUCAUCAACCAAUCCGGCUGGCCAGACGGCUGGGCCUGGCAACUAGGUUUGUUACAAGGUGCAUUUUCCGUGACUGCCUACGAUUCAACCAUCCAUAUGAUCGAAGAAAUGCCGAACCCCACAACCCAAGGGCCCAGGCUUAUGAUCUACGCCAUUGUGAUGGCGGUCGUGACUGGAUUUGGCUAUAUCGCUGCCGUCAUGGCUGUCAUUAGGGAUAUCCCAUCGGCCAUUUCGGCCUCUGAGCCUCUUCUUGAGAUAUACUACCAGGCCACGUCAAACAAGGCCGGUAGUAUAUGCUUGAUGAUGUUUCCCCUUCUCUCCUUUGCCCUGUGCGCCAUCGACGACAUGGCUACCGGCGCUCGGAUGGCAUACGCAUUGGCACGGGACGGCGGCAUGCCUUUCAAUCGCCACUUCGAACAUGUUAGCCCGAAGUUUGGUGUACCCGUCGUCGGGCUCAUAUGGUGUUUCGGUUGGGUCAUAAUCCUUGGGCUUAUCUUCCUCGGCUCCAACAACGCUUUUAAUGCCAUUAUCUCCGCCGCCGUGGUCUGCUUUACCAUAACUUACGCCAUUCCACCGGGAAUUAACAUGCUGCGCGGCCGGUGCAUGCUUCCCGAGAAUCGCAGCUUCAAGUUGCCCAACGCCAUUGGCUACAUUUGUAACGCGGCCGACGUCGCUUGGGCUUUGCUGACAUCUGUUCUCUUCAUGUGGCCAACAUCGAGCCCGGUCAACCCAGUGAAUAUGAACUACUGCGUCGCCGCCUUUGGCGUCAUUCUUGUCAUCGCCGGAUCCAAUUGGAUUCUGACCGCUCGCAAGUCCUACCGACCCCCUGCUCUGGAACUUGUCCACGGCCAACAUCUAGUUGAAGCUGAGACUGAUGAAAACACGAACCAAAUUACAGUCGAUAACAAGGGAGAAUAUGGUCCGGAAAAGGUCGAAUAA